CCAGACCCGUCCGACCGGUCCGAUCACAUGACAAUAGGGAAGACAACUGCAUAUGCGAGUAACCCCAAAACCUUAGUCAAAAUAAGUUGUCUCUAGUUGUUUCCUGUAUUCCGGCUGUCUUUUUGGUGGGUCGUAAAACAUUUUUUCGACAACCUGUACCCCACUCGAUCGUUCUGCGAAUUGUUCUACGGUUUAAUGUAGAUUAGCGGACGGAGAAAGGCCCAUAUAUAUGCAUAUUAGCCGGGUAGAGUUAGGGUGCGGGUAGCUUCAGGUGUGACAGUCCUGUAACAUGGCCUUAGCGCUGCGGCAGCUACGGAACGGCGUCUUGGGCGCUCUGGCGUUGUUCCUGGUGCUCAACGCCUGGAUCAUGUCAAGCACUUUGCAGCAACAGCAGCAACAGCCAGAAAAACGACAAGUGGGCCCAGCUUGUGAAACACAGAGGGAUACGCUGAUACAGUCUAUGGACUUACUCAACAAGGCUCUACUCAGACAAGACAAUCCUAAUGUGGACAUCGGCAAAGCUGUGGUCAACGAGCGCCAGGAGAAGCCCUGUGCAGACUGCAGCAGAUCAAGUCCAGUGGAUACAGACGCCGUCAGAGUUUGGGGAAAACCUCGCAGAACAAAAGGAUUCUUAACCAUUGGCAUUCCAACGGUGAAGAGAGACAAGGACAGCCACUACCUGGGCACCACCAUCGACUCUCUGAUCGAGAACACAGCCGAGGCUGAUCGGCGACAGGUCAUCAUCGUCAUUUUUCUGGCGGACUUCGACAGCUAUUACAACAAGAUGCUGUCUCAAGAACUUUACAAGAACUAUUCGCGGCACCUGGAAGACGGCUUCAUGCAGGUGGUCCACGCACCGAUAUCGUUUUAUCCGCAACUGGAGGGCUUGAAACAAAACUUCAACGACUCACAAGAUCGCGUAAAAUGGCGGUCAAAGCAGUGCGUGGACUACGCCUUCCUCUUUAGCUACUGUCGGGAUUUGUCGGAGUUCUACCUGCAGCUCGAAGACGACGUGGUGUCGUCGGAAAACUACCUGACGACAAUCAGGGACUACAUCAACGGUCAGACAUCUGCUUGGUCGAUGCUGGAAUUUUCCGAGCUCGGUUUCAUCGGGAAGCUUCUCCGGUCUUCCGACCUGCAGCGACUUGCGGACUUUCUUCUGCUGUUCUACGAGGAGAUGCCGAACGAUUUUUUGAUUCGCCACUUUUUGAAGCUGUUGCCACACCGGGAAACGUUCGUGCGGCGUCCGUCGCUGUUCCAGCACAUCGGGAAGCACUCCUCUCUGAUCGGGAAGGAGCAAAACUUAGUCGACGCCUUUUACGUGGCGUCGCUGAAGAGAAGGUACAACGACUCCGAUAACCCGCCGGCUGUGGUGAGCACAGACAUGUCCGCGUUCGGGGAGUACAAGCCGCAGCUGGCGUACAGCUCAGAGCCGGGGUACUUCUGGGUCGAGGCGCCGAAGGUCGGACAGGCGUUCUUCGUUCUCUUCGAGAAACGCGCGACCCUUUCUAGGAUCGUCGUAGAGACCGGCUCCGAAGAGCACCCAAAGGACAUCCUGGAGCAGGGAACGCUGGAGGUGAGCACGAAGCUCUUGCCGCCUGCAGUGAACCAGAGCGCUGACGCCACGCCGAACUGCGCGGACUACACGAAGAUCGGAAACUUCCUCAACGGGAGGUUUGAAAUGUCGACCCAGGGCGGGGUACCGGUGCCGGUGAAAUGCCUGAAGGUGACGGUCACAGGAGACCAGAAGAUGUGGAUCCUGGUGAGGGAGAUCGCCGUGUGGACCGCGAAAUAAGAAAAUCACCAAACAAAGUGCCAAAUGAUUUCUAUUACCAAUUUUGCCGUGAGGCGGAUAUGGAUGGGAUGCAGCUAUCAUGUACGGGUCAACUAGCCACCGAUAAUAGCAGCUUUUUUCAAAAGCAGUUGUUUUUGAUACGACUGCCCAAACUGAAAAUUUAAAUGAGUGAAAAGAAUUAGAUAAUUCGUUCAGUGAUGUUUUUUGUCACUCUAGUGCACAAAUGUCCAAGUGUCUUCAAUACCAUUCCAUUGUAUCAAUAGCUUUAACUCCUUCAACUAAUUUGCACGAAAGUGCUGAUGUCUUAAGAUGUCUUAUUUGAACCGAGCUACAAAUACAUGUAUGAUACACAUUUCGUAUCUUUAACUCUGUCGGCUUUUCAUAAGUAUCUGACGAUGUGUUUAUUAUUAUAGCCAAUAGCCCCAACUAGUAUUGAGUGCUGAGCGACAUGUCUGCAAGUUUUGUAUAUAUAUUUUCUAAAUGGGAUACGAUUUAAGUUAUCAAUGUAUCUAUGUCUGUGUUUAAUGAGCGUGAUUUUCUGUGAAAAAAUGCUGCAAUGGAAAAACUGAAUAGUGCGGGUAACGCAUUUGCUCUAAGUUUUGAUAUGAAAAUUAAACCAAAUGGAAUGAUUGAAA